UUAGUUAAGUACAACAUAUUCAUCGGAUCGUAACAAAAAAGAUGUGAAAGUGUAUAAGAUUGUUUGUCAUUUCCGUGACAUAGAGCAUUUUAAUUAUGUAUAAGAUACGGUAGGACAUUUCGCUAAAAGUCGUGACACAUGUUCCCAUGUACUUUAUCACCUAUAUACGUGGCUUUAGAUAAAAUAUAUAUCAGUAUGUAAAAGUAGAUAAAACACUGCAAAUCACUUUCAGACCCGACGUGUAGGUGGUAUCGAAAAGCGUAUUGAAUGAAAACUGGAUGAAAAAAACAGACUAAACGAUAAGAGCUACGGAUAUAGUAGUAUUACUAGUGCAUCUGUUCAAUUAAGAUUUACCAUUUCUAAGAAAAAAAAAUCUAUUGAUAAGGAAUUUAAAUAAGAAGCUGAAAACAUGGCCUGCCAUUGGGGAACGUACAAAUUACUUUUGUACAAAAACUAUAUAACACGUUUCAAGCAUUGGGUUCUCACAGCAUUUGAAGUAAUCAGUCCAAUAUUUCUAUUUUUGGUUAUUAUUGCUGCUAGAGACGUUAUUGCUAAACCACCUAUACAUGUCGGAAAUAAUACUUAUUUCCCAAUAUAUACAAAAACAGAAAUGAUUGCAUCCUUAGACAAACAUUUGACACAUAUCUAUUACUUUCCAAAAAAUGUAAUCACUUCAAAAAUAAUGGAUGAUACUCGCAAAUGUUUAUUGUUUCCAGCAAACCAAAUCAUUGGUUUUGAUUCUGAAAGUGAUUUACUGAAUGCAAAUGCUAAACAGAGUCUUGAGGAUCGGCUUAGUAAUAUUUUAGCUGUAUACUUUGAGGAUAUUCCACAUUCUAAUAACACACUAAAAAAAUUGAAGUACACAAUUAGAACCAGUAGUAGAGAAUCAAAGGAGUUAUUUUACAAUUAUGUCGAUGAUUACUAUUUAGCCUCUAUGGCUUUCAUCGAUCAACCAUUUGCGCAAACGCAAAUAUGCAUUGAUGAAUCAUUUAUGAAUUCCGUAUCUCAACCAUCAAGGAAAACUGAGAUUUCUAUACAACAAAUGCCAUACCCACCUUACGAUAAAAUCGAUCGAGGAGAUGCUAUUCUGAGAACAACCGUCUGUACUAUAGCAACUAUUGCAUUCUUAUGUUUUUUCACAUUAGAGCCAUAUUUUGUAGGAGCAGAAAAAAGCACUGGAAUUAACGUGCUGAUGGCAAUGAAUGGUGUACAGAUGUAUCAAAAUCUGUUUUGUUGGCUUCUCAGUAGUAUACCAAUAAUUAUUUUGACCAUAACUCCAAUUACGGUAUUAUUCACAGUUCCAUUUACAGACAAUCAUUCGUUCAUUUAUUAUGGAAAUAGUUUCAUAUUCUGGUUGGUACUCCUUUUCCAUUCCAUUCAUUUGAUGUCACUUGGAUACCACAUUAGUUCGUUCUUCUCAAAACCAUUGUACAUGGAAUCUGCUACAGUAAUCGUUUAUAUGGCUAUGAUGUUUCUUCAUCGACUCAUGCUUGAAAGACAUCACGAGACGCUUGCAUUAUACUUGGGAAUCAUUUUUCCAAAUGCUUUAAUACAUACAACAAUUGAAAAUAUAAAUGCAUAUGAAAGUAAAUUAAUCGGAAUCAACUGGAGAAAUCUUUUCACGCCUGGGCUAUCAUCCUACGGUACAGGCGGAAGCAUUGGGUGUAUAAUAAUAUUCUCAAUUCUUGGAAGUAUCAUACAUCUUGCUUUGGCACUCUACGUGCAUGCACUUUUUCCUGGAAAAUACGGAGUUCCUAAACAUCCGCUGUUCUUCUUGAAGUGGGUAAAGAAAAAUAAGGUUUCUGGUGACGAUGAGAUGAUCGAUCUUAACUACAUUCACGAUGAUCAAAAACAUUUUGAACCUGUGCAACAAGGUUCUCUGAUUCCUGGUAUCCAAAUUCGAAAUGUAACAAAGAAGUACUCAUCAAUAUUCCAUCCUAGCGUGAAAGUUCAAGCUCUGAAAGGAGUUUCGCUAGAUUUUUAUAAAGGUCAAAUUAGCGCAUUGUUAGGUCACAAUGGAGCUGGAAAAACUACUCUAAUGUCGAUAUUAACAGGAAUGACAGAUCCUACUAGUGGUACAAUAUAUGUGAAUGGGGAAAAUUUGAAAACUGACUUAAAUGAAGUUUUGGGUAACAUGGGUCUUUGUCCUCAAGAAGACAUAGUCUUUCCCGACCUUACUGUAUACCAACAAUUGAAAUUCUUUGGAUUGUUAAAAAAUAAUUAUACAGAUGGAGCGAAAUUAGAUGAAAUGAUUACGUACUACUUGCGGAAGUUAAAUCUGUAUGAUAAAAAAAACAGUAUGCCAAUUACAUUGUCAGGGGGUCAAAAAAGAAAAUUGUGUCUCGCUAUGGCAUUUAUUACAGAUGCUAGUGUGCUCAUUUUGGAUGAACCUACAUCCGGAAUGGAUCCAGAAAACAGACGUGACGUUUGGGAUAUAAUAUUGAGAACAAGAGGUGAGAAGACGAUUAUAAUCACUACACAUAGUAUGGAAGAAGCAGAUGUUCUUGGUGAUCGAAUUGCUAUAUUACAAAUGGGUCAACUGAAAAGUUAUGGAACCUCAAUGUUUUUGAAAAAGCAAUAUGGACAUGGAUAUCUGGAAAUUUCUCUCUCAAUUGAAACCUGGUGUGAUCCUUCAAAAAUUACCACCUUCUUUGGUCCUAAUGUAGAAACGCGUAGUUUCGAUAGUAGAAAAAUGAUGUUGAGUGUACCGUUUAAUGAUUCAUUGCCAGAAACCUUGGAUCAACUAGAAAGUCGGAAAAAAGAAUUCGGCAUAACUGGUAUCAGCGUUUCCGUCAUCACUUUGGAAGAAGUCUUUCUUGAGAUUACCAAAGAAGAAGAAGAUACCACAGACACAAAGGAACCUCUUAUUGCAUCGUCUGAAAGAGUUAGCGGCUGGCAAUUACUUUCACAAGCAACCUUUGCUCUAGUUGAAAAAAAGUAUUUGUACCACCGGAAAAAUCAGGGUCUCUUCUGGUUAACAGUGUUACUUCCGUUGGUUCACGUACUUCUUCUAUUACUGGGCCAGGCAGAUGACGAUAAUAUUUUCCCUGUUCAAAGAUUAGCACUGGAUGUAUAUAACUCUCCUUAUGCUCUUAUUUUCACCGAUGACGCCAGUGUUGGUGAAAAAUAUAAGAAUUUAAUUGAAAUGUCAAAUGGCAAAGCACAGUACAUUCAACCAGGAAUCAGUCUAACCGAAGGUCUAUUAAUGAAGGGUCGGGACGAUAUUGAAACUUAUCAGAGAAAUUUCAUUACUUCGGCCGAGUUUAAUGUUACCGAAAAUACUUUGUAUGCCAAUGCCUUCUACUCCGGUACAGCAGUAUUGAGUAUGCCAAUAGCUGUGAAUCUGUUGACUAAUGCAUUACUCAAGGCACAAGCCGGGGACGAGUACAGUAUUGACGUAUCUCGACAAAGAUUACCGAAUAUGAAUGAACUUACGAAUAUAGAUCCUGUUAUGAUAUCAGUAUUAGCAUUCCAGAAUGCUUUCUCAUUCGUAUUUUUCCUCUUCAUAUCCACGGCAUUAUUUGUAAUUCAUCUGAUAAAAGAAAAUGCAUCCCAAAUGAAGCAGCUUCAACGAAUGACAGGCAUUUCAGCACCGACGUAUUGGGGUAUAACGUACAUAUGCGACAUAUUCGUCUUUCUUUUAUCAAUAAUGUUUUUGGUAAUUGGGAUUUACUUAGUGGACACCAUGUACGAUAUGCGUCAAUACUACUGUAAGGAAAUAGGUAUUACUGUCUUGCUCCUCGUGCUUUACGCCAUCUGUGCAUUGCCAAUCAUCUACAUAUUUAGUUUCUUGAAAAACUCAGUAAAUACUGUGUUGAAACUUCUUUAUUUUGUACCCUUGAUCGCAGUUUUUACCGACAUAAUAGCUGCUGUUACUCUUACGGCUGUGGAAGGUUCUUCACCUUGGGUAAAGCCUAUACGGAUUAUCAUACAGCACAUCUUACCCUUGAUACCUCACGUAAGUUUCACGAAAGGAUAUGUGGCAUUCCUUGCUGUUUCGUAUGCUAACACUCGAUGUAGACAGAUGCCGUCUCACUUCGAAGACAUACUUUGUAGUCAUGGAGAUCCGUGUUGCGCGCUUCAAUGUAACGAUGGUGUUUGUCAGAACUAUUUCCCAUACAACAAAACUGUCGAUGGAAUAGGAAAUUUAAAGGAGUCUAUAUUGUAUUUGAUCUUUUCAUCUUUCCUCUUUAUUGCACUACUGUUAAUAAUGGAGGAAAAGGUAAUACAGAAAUUUUUCGCGGCAAAGCGAGGUUAUAAUCUGAUCGCCAGCAGUCAAGACAUGAAUGAAGACGUUAAGGAAGAGAAAGGGGUGAUCUCUGCUGAGAUAAAUAAACGAAGAAAACAAAUUAACGAAAUUACUAAUACGAACAACUCGCUGUUAGACGAUGAGAACGAAAACGUGUUCUUGGCGUAUGAAUUAAGCAAGACAUAUGGUAAAACAGUAGCUGUGAAGGAAGUCAACUUUCGAGUAAGGAGGGAUGAGUGUUUUGGACUUCUUGGAGUUAAUGGUGCUGGUAAGAGCACAACUUUUAAAAUGUUGACAGGCGAUGAAAUACCUAACAGCGGUAUUGUUAUGCUGGGAAAUGCUGAUCUUCGUUCACGUCGAGUAAAGUAUCUGUCGGAAAUGGGAUAUUGUCCUCAAACUCACGCUUUAAUCCCAUCCUUCAAUGCCUUUGACCAUCUACGACUCUUUGCACGUUUACGAGGUGUACCGAGAUCUGAGUUGAAUUCAGAGGUGAUUAGUUGGAUCAGUCGACUGAACUUAAGUAAAUGUGCUUCACAACCCAGCAGUACUUACAGUGGAGGCAACAAAAGACGUUUGAGCAUAGCGAUAGCAGUUAUCGGUAGUCCAAAACUUGUAUUAUUGGAUGAACCUACAACUGGUGUUGAUCCCACUGCUAAAAGGGCAGUGUGGUGUGUUCUCAGGUCUUGUCAAGCAUCAGGGCAGUCAAUCAUAAUCACUUCUCACAGUAUGGAGGAAUGUGAAGCUCUCUGUGGUCGACUAGUCAUAAUGGUAAAAGGAGAAAUCAUGUGCAUUGGGCCUAUUCAGGAAUUGAAACAGCGAUUAGGUGCUGGUUUUGAUAUCGGUAUUAAACUUAAAUUGAACCGUACUAACAAGGAUGUCGAUGAUAUCAAAACACACAUACAGGAAGCUUUGCCCUGUGACUUUAGAGAUGAGAAUAUGGGAUAUCUUCUAUAUCAUGUCACUGAUCCGAAAACAACAUGGAAGACCAUGUUUGAAGUAAUGACUGGCGUAAAAAAUAGGUGGCAUUGUGUAGAGGAUUUCUCAGUAUUGUCAUCGACCUUGGAGGAACUUUUCAUCCGAAUUGCAAGGAAUUCCAAAGACUCGGCAGUUAAGGAUUUCGUCUAAUAUUUUACUUUUACGAUCACAUGCUACACUGACUGUGCUUACUGUGUGUUUAACUGUGGAUAUACUUUUCAUGCACUUGAUUCGAACCACUCACUUCUUGUUCACUUUCGUAAAACGAUUGUAAAACGUUAGUAUUAUUUCAAGGUAUUAAAUGUGCAUUUAUAUUUUUAAUGUAUUCAAAUUAUGGCAACUACAAGUGUUUAUGAUAAUUAAGUGUAGAAGAAAAACGAGGCGAAGACUCUCCAUAAGAUGGAAAUAUAAAUUCAUGUAUGAAUUAUCGAUCAAUUGUAGGUAUCGCAUACGUAAAGCAAACACAAUUAUGCAUUUAAUACGUUGUAUUUAUUAUUGUCGGAUAAAAAAAUUAACAAUCACUUAUUGAGGGAACAUUAUAUAUUUCUUAUAUAAUAUAGUUGCCUUAAGUAAUUACAUGUUAAUCAACAGUAAAGCUUUAAAGCAGCUAGUGCAAAGGCAACACUUGUCGCGAAUAUAUUUAUAUAUAUAAGCAUAUCUAAGCUUAACGAUAUUUCUAAUUCUGUUACAGAAUUUGUGAUAUUUUUGUAAACAAUUGCUGCGUAUGUAAUUACACCGAAUAAUAUUAA